GGCUGUCAAAUGAAAACUUACCAUCCAGCUGAGCCUUAAAACCCUAAAUCCUAGAGGCUGUUUGGUAAACUCCAUUGCUGGUUUUAGAGAAAGCUGUGUGAUUGAGCUCAGGUGGAGUUACAUUUUUCAAAUCUGACUACAACUGGCUGUUUAUGAUAUAUAUUGAAUGAUCUUUUGCUUUAAGAAGAGUAUUUUUAUCAACUUCUUUUUUGCUAUUUUUGUCAUCUUGAUAUUUUGUUGAAUAUGCCUUUACAGAAUGCUUCGAUCAAAGUAACAGAAUUUAUUAUAGGUGGUUUUGACAAAACUGAAAAGCCUUUCGUAGUUGGUGUGGUUAUAUUAAUUACCUAUGUUCUUGCUAUAUUAGCCAAUAUGAUGAACAUCCUCUUCAUCAUAUAUGACAAGCGAUUACACAAACCAAUGUAUCUUCUGAUUUGCAACCUUGCUGUUGUUGAUUUACUGUACACCUCCAGUACCAGUCCAACAAUGAUUGGGGUUCUAGUUGCUGGUGUUACUACCAUAUCCUAUGUGCCAUGCUUCAUUGGAAUGUUUGCUUUCCACUUGGGAGGGGUAAUGGAGAUGUUUGCUUUAUCGAUUAUGGCAUUUGAUCGAUUGAUUGCUAUUAGUUGUCCGUUUAUGUACCACAGUUAUUUAACAAAUGUGCGCACUCUUGUCCUUACAUAUAUCCUGUGGAUUGUUGCUUGUGGUUUUGUGUCCAUUCUGCCAGCAACUCUGCUACCUCUCCCUCACUGCCACUCAACGCUGAAGCAUAAUUUCUGUGAAUAUGCUGCCAUAAUACGAACUACAUGUGUUGAUCCCACACCCUACUUCAAUCUGGUUACUGUCAUAGUAUUUUUUCUUUUAUUUUUCACUUUCACAUUUAUUUGCCUGUCAUACAUUUUGAUCAUAUUUUUUGUCAAAUUAUCCUCAGAUAGUAACAAAAGGAAAAUGGGCAGCACUUGUUUGAGUCACUUGGUUGUGGUAACGUGUUAUUAUGGUCCAUUAUUUAUUAUCGUUGUCUUGACUAGGAUGGGUGUGGUAUUAACUCUUGAGGCUCGCCAUGGCCUAAGAAUCGGGGCAAUCCUUGGUCCAUCUAUUGUAAAUCCUUUUGUGUACUGUCUUAGAACAAAAGAAAUUAGAUGUAAAAUCUUUAGGAUUUUCAAAACAGUUGCUACAUCUCAGUAGAUCCUCAUGAAUUGUCAAUUUAUUAAUACUUUAUUAUGGAAGAUGCACCCUUUUAUGGUCUAAGUAUUAUGAUAAAAUGAUGGAAUCAUUCAUCCAUGUAUUUUCUGAACUGUUAAUCCUGUUCAGGAUUGUAAUGGACAAAAGCUUAUCCCAACAAACAUUGGGUGAGAGGCAGUCUCCAUCCCUGACAGGAGGAAACUGGAGGAAACCCACACAGAGCCAAGGAAAAACAUGCAAACUCUCUCACAACUUCACCGUGCCACUUGGUGGAAUAUAUCAUGAAGCAAACAUGCUGUAUAUCAUAAACUUUAUUUGUUUUUUCCAGUGCUUUUCAGUAUACCAAAUGCAUACUGUAUAUACCAGCAUUACUUAUUGUCUGUAACUAUGUCUAUGUCAAUAAACUGUAUGCUGCUGUAGGUGUUUGCAAACUUUCCUCAAACCUUUAAAAAAGUAAUCUUGGUAAAAAGAACUGAUGAGUUAAGGAUGUUGAGGUUAAUUUUUAUUCAAAACCUUGAAAUUCAAAAUUCAUCAGAUUUAGGGUGGUUUAAGUUGUGUGCUUGUGCUUAUCAUCUAAAUUCCCACAUUUGGCAAAAUAUUUUUCUGAACCAGAGAAGUAAAGUGGAACUCCCCAUUUGCUGUAUCUAAUUAGAAGAAGUUGCUUGAGGUCCAGAAGAUUUUCACCAGCUCUAAUCCUUAAAAUAUGGCCAAUACUUACUGAGAUUUGUGAAGUCUGUGUCAGCACUGAUCAAGGCAUCUCUUGAUUGAUCUCUAUCAUCUACAGUAUAUAAAGCCACAUUCUGUUUGAUCCUUUUUUCACUUAAACCUUUUGCUUAUUUGGUUGUUUUUCAAUCUUCUACUUCAGUCUUUAUGGAAAACUUGCAAAAGCGCUUCCCGCAUUUGCUUCUUUAAUGUAUAUACAGCACAUAAUUUAGCCUUGAUUACCCUUGUAUUAGGAUUUUACUUUGUAAAACAUUUGCAGGAUUUGUUUGCAUAUUUGUUUGAGGUCUUAAAGCAGUUUGUUAGCAUUACUUUAUAAGAACUUUAUUUCUGAGAUGGGGUCUG